UUUUGAUUUUCAAAUUCACAACUUUUUAUGUCGUACAUUUGUACAUUUGUACAUUUAUACAUUUGUACAAUGUACGAUACUUAUCACUGACACUGAUCUCUUGAUGACUGUAUGUAUUACGGUCUCUACGAUCUUGAAGACUUGUAGUCAAUAAUCGUCAAUUAAUGGGAAGGUAUUUGAAUCAAGAAAACAGCAUUUUUUGUUUCUAAGAUGUUAGAUUCCUGCAGCGACUUAGACCGUCAAAUAGACAAACUUCGUAGAUGUGAGCUUAUUACAGAAAACGAGGUUAAACAAUUAUGUGGAAAGGCAAGAGAAAUAUUGGUUGAAGAGAGUAAUGUUCAGAGAGUAGACUCACCUGUAACGGUAUGUGGUGAUAUCCAUGGUCAGUUCUAUGAUCUUAAGGAACUUUUCAAGGUUGGAGGUGAUGUACCAGAGACUAACUAUCUUUUCAUGGGUGAUUUUGUUGAUCGAGGGUUUUAUAGUGUUGAGACAUUUCUUUUGCUUUUGGCACUGAAGGUUCGUUAUCCUGACAGAAUAACACUUAUUCGAGGCAAUCACGAAAGUAGACAGAUCACACAAGUUUAUGGUUUUUAUGAUGAAUGUCUUAAGAAAUAUGGUUCUGUGUCUGUGUGGCGAUAUUGUACAGAAAUAUUUGACUAUCUUAGCCUAUCAGCUAUCAUUGAUAACAGAAUAUUUUGUGUUCAUGGAGGUCUGUCACCUUCAAUUACUACUUUAGACCAGAUCCGAUCAAUCGAUCGUAAGCAAGAAGUUCCACAUGAUGGACCAAUGUGUGACCUUUUAUGGUCAGAUCCUGAAGAUACACAAGGUUGGGGUGUAAGUCCACGUGGAGCGGGUUAUCUGUUUGGAAGUGAUGUUGUUUCACAGUUUAAUUCAACAAAUAACAUUGACAUCAUUUGUCGUGCUCAUCAACUGGUCAUGGAAGGUUACAAAUGGCAUUUUAAUGAAACAGUUCUCACAGUUUGGUCAGCACCAAACUAUUGCUACAGAUGUGGAAAUGUUGCAGCUAUAUUGCAAUUGGAUGAACAUCUCCAGCGAGAUUUUACAAUAUUUGAAGCAGCCCCACAGGAUGUUCGAGGCAUUCCAACUAAAAGACCAGUGAUUGAUUACUUCCUGUGAGGUAAUUUUUAUUUCCAUCUAAGUGAAAGUUGUUUUUGAGUUACCAGGUAUACUGAAGGUGGUAAAGAAAAAAUCAUUGAGGCCCGACCAGGAUGUCAUGAAUUCCUUAAUUUUAAUUAUGAAAAUUUUCAUGGUUCAUGUGUCCACCAAAAUACAAUGGACACUUUAAAAAAUAUAUAUAUUAAUUCAAUAAUAUAGUGGUAUCGUACCUUGAUUUCCAUUUGAAGACACUAAUAACACAGAAACUAAAACAAUGGACAGUUUUUAUUUUCUACUCUUUAUAAAAUGUUCUUUAUUGUAUGGAAACAAGGUUAAAAAAGUUUCAUAUGUUACAAGGUUUGAACCUGACAUGAGAAAAUAAGCAAGUUUUAAGAUUCACAUAAACAUUUACAUUUUUUUGCUUA